AUGGCGCCCUCAAUGUCCCUCCUCUCCGUGAACGCGAUCCUAAUCCUCAACUCGGACGACGGAUCCCGCGUCUUCGCAAAAUACUACAGCACACCGCACCACGCGACGAACACACAAUCAAACGCACCGACAGCACAAACCCCCUACCCAGACGUAAAAUCCCAAAAAGCCUUCGAAAAAGGGCUCGUCGAGAAGACUGCCAAGCAAACCGCCGACAUCAUCCUCUACGACAACAGGAUCGUGCUGUACAAGAGCGAGAGCGAUGUCAUGAUGUACGUCGUCGGCGGCGUGGACGAGAAUGAGAUUAUGCUGUACAAUGUCAUUUUGGCAUUAAGAGACUCAUUGCAUUUGCUAUUCAAGCAGUCAGUCGAUAAACGAACGAUUAUCGAGAACUAUGAUUUGGUCUCUCUGGCGAUUGACGAGAUUGUCGAUGAUGGGAUAAUUCUCGAGACGGACCCGACGAUCAUCGUGCAGAGGGUUAGCAAGGCGCCGACGCAGGAUGUGACGCAGUUGAAGGGCAUUGAUUUGAGUGAGCAGGGCAUGAACAACCUGGCGCAGUUCGGGAAGGCGAAGUUGGGGGAUUGGUUGAGGCAGGGAUUGUGA